UGAUUUCGUCAUUCAAAAUGUACACAAACAAGACUGUGUGUGUCAACGUAUGGUGCAAUAAUAAUAAUGUCGUCUGCUGUGGCCCAGUCCGAGAGUAUUGUAUAAAACAGCUCCUGCUAGUUUUGGAUAACAACAUUAAAAUCAGAACUGAUGGAAAACUGACGGUAAAAAAGCUGCUGCAAUACAGCUGAUAGGUAAUUGACACUCAGGAAUCUCCUGAGCCACACACAAGAUACAUCAAACAUCUCUUGAUUAAAGUUUAGCCUUCCAAAUUCAACACCCCCAACUCACAUAAUAAAAAUCACAAAUGCCUGGACGAGGUCGAGGUCGUGGUCGUGGUCGUGGUCGUGGUCGUGGAUAUCACGGUCGUAGCCGAGGCGGCGGCCGAGGGACCGGAAGGAAUCAGAGCGGUCAAGGUCAGCAGCCUGAUCAGGAUAUAGAUGAAUGGAACCUCACUGAAACAGCUACUUCUGAUCAGGACUUUGAAAAACGACCCGAGUUGCUCUUCACAUCUUCCAAAGUGACCUUUGAACAGCACUUCGCUGCUCAAGAAAGCUACAGGAAUAUUUAUCUGGCUACUCUGAAGGUCCUGCUUGCCAAUGGCGUCAGUAUCUCACAAGGGAUUAAAGUUCGUGCAUUGGCUGUAGCAUGGGCUCGUAAGGACCACGCCCUGGCCGAGACCUUCCUUCAGGACUCUGAAACCUUCACCAUGGCAGAGAUCCUGAAGGCUCUUAACCUCCUGGAUGCAGGACGUAGGAUGCGAGAGAAAGAACGUCGCCUCAGGCAGCUUCAGGUCCAGAUACAGGAGAAGGUCAAGGUCAACCCUAAGAAGAUGUCAAAGGUCAAAUCGGAUAUUGACAACCUUAAUGCCACCAAGCCUAAGGUUGGUUCAGUGAGCGGAGCGCUGAGUCGUCAUAUCCGCCGUUGGGUACGCAGUCUGACCAGUGCUCAGCUGGAAUUCUAUGCUCUGCACUAUCCCAAGGAACCAUGGAAAACUCUGGCUGAUAUUUGCCAUCUUAAUCCAAAGAAGGACUUUCCUGAGAAGCCAUGGUUCCUGUCAUACUGCUUUGGUGAGCCAGCACCAAGUGAGAGCUUGGUUGCCAAGUGUGCUGGGAUGAACGCUGAAAACAUCAAUGAAUUGGUAAAAGGAGUUGAUGUUCCGUACAGUCACAUCAAGCAGUUCACCCUCAAUCUCACAGAGGAGAGCAAGGAACGUAUAGCAUCCUACGAGGAGAAAGUUGACACCCUCCUGUGGUACUAUGAGGAUCUGCAUUGCCCUAAGGUAGAUGAGGUGAUCUGCCGUCGUAUCAGCGAUGGGGAGGCAGUGACUCUACCUUCAGGCAAGCUGAUUGAGAGGUUGCUUUUGAUGAAGACCCAAGGAAUUGGGACCUGCGUCAUGGAGUCUCUCAUCCCGGAGGCAGCAAAGAGGCUCAAAGCCAUGAAGGUUUCAUUGGAGGCUCCUGUAGCUAUACUUGGUGACCGUUCCCCUUCCAUGGAGGUUGCCAUCAAGACCAGUACUAUCAUAGCAGGUCUUCUGACUGCCAUCACAGAUGCAAAACUCUCCUUCUUCUCGUAUAAGGACUAUGUGCCUGAAAAGAUCCCGAAAACCAUAACUGAGAUUCUUGAGAUGGCCUCUACGCUGAGGACAGAUGGAGGCACGGCCCCUGCAGCCGGUCUUUGGCCGUAUUUUAGACGCAAGGAGGUUAUUAAGACAUUCGUAGUUGUGACGGAUGAGGAGGAAAACAGUAAUAAUAAUGGCUAUAGCUUCCAAGCGCUAUUCAAGAAAUACCGGGAGGAGGUGUACAGCGAUGUCAAACUGGUCUUCAUCUCCUUCCUUCGCAGCCAGCACGCUGAGGGUCAGAUGGUUAGUCAGCUGACGGCUGAUGGUAUCCACCCCAUGCAGUUCAAGUUCAGUCUUGUCCGGCCUGAUCUGACCAAGCUUGACAGUGUCCUGGGUCUACUGUCCACUUCGACCGCUGAUUUCAAGAAGGAGGUGGACCGCAUCGCCCAAGAAAUGACUGAUGCUCAGACCAAGGAGUUACUCCUCGCUCAAACCAAUGCUCAGAAACAGGCUGAACCAUGAAUGGAGCUACCGUUUUACGGCGCUUGUAUUGACAUUUAUGACAUAAUAGGACAUUUGUAAACAAUAUAACAGCUCAUGUUUUUGUUGUAUUUCUGAUAACUUGUGCAAUGUGUUUAUGGUUUAUUAGUUACAGAAUCUAAGUCCUGUUUGUGUAUAUUGCUAGUCAGUUUUCUUUAAAAGUGUUAUGUAUUGUGCCUAACAUAAUAAAAACCAUUUUUUUUUUAAUUGUGAA